GUCGUCGCCCUCACAUUACUAGAAACAGCGACAGAGGCUCACGUUUCCCAGGUGCUAGAUCCAUUCCCAUGCAACAUUUCAUGCUUCCCCAGUGAUGAAUAGACACAGUAGAGCGACCCCACCGAGAUAAUGAGCAAUCGAAGUAAUCGACAACCUGACAAGCAACACUAGAACAUAUCGCAACGACGUAAAGGGAAGAGGCGGCUAGAUGCACUGAAAAUUUGGAUAGAGCGAUGAGUGAUUUACAAGCCACUCUCGAGUUCUCCCUCGAGCUCUGUAAAUUCUACAAUGUCGAUCUAUUUCACCGAGGGUACUAUCAGAUACGAACAUCGCUUCGGGCCUCCCCAAAACUGCCAAUCAAAGUCAAAGUCGAUCAAGUUCGCAAUCAAAAACGUUCAUUAGACAGUAUGGAAAUGCCAGGUGCCAGCAAGCGUUUCCAAAUACUGUAUCGAAAUGAGGAGAUAACCCUGGGUACGUCGGUGUUGUUUCGAGCGCAUGUCCUGGUUCAUAGUCACAAAAUCGAGGAAAUAUUGUCGCGCACCCACUUUCAUCUUGGCGUAGAGCUAUGGUUCAGCGAGCCCACUCAGCCGGGGAGUAUGACCUGUGUAUCAACCAGAGCAUUGCAGUUGAAUUUUACACCGACAAAAGGUCUCCACUACCAUUUACCAGUGCUAUUCGAUUAUUUUAAUCUCGCUGCAGUGUCAAUGACGAUACACGUCUGCUUAGUUGCCCUCCAUCAACCAUUCGUUAAGAAGAGCAUACUUCACUACGUUCAGAGUUGCGCUCCCCGGAGUGGAAAACAAUGGCUACAGUCGAAACAGGGAUCACCUGCGAAUGGAACCAGUAGUAUAUUUCCGAAUACUGACGCAACAACAAAAUGCGUGGGUUCAACAACGAGAAUCCAAAAUGCUAAACUCAUACAACGCGAAGUAACGAGACUGCUAUUGGCCGCUAGGGAAAAUCUCCUGAAUGACAUAGGAGAUCUUGCGAGACUACUACCAGCGUGGGAACAACGAGACCUCGACAGUUCGAUAGCCGAUAGAAAGCACAAAGAGCCCCCAAGGAUGAUUGACUCGGAAGAGGUGGAUAUUGCCCAGCUCUGUGCCCAGAAUAUCGUCCUCUGGCAUAUUUUCCUGGAGACUUUUACCAAACGAGAUGCCAUUCAUCAGCAUCUCGCACGAAUACAUCAUCAACUGCGUGUGAAACGUUUUGCGGAGGGUUUCUUUGUCUUGGAGAAUCCACGAACAUCAGCUGCUGGUUGUUACGAUGCGAAUUAUCAAUCUUAUCAAGCGGUAAGCGAUACUGCAAGACGAUCCCCAUAUCUCCUAGGCUUGCCCCAACUUCCAGUUCACUGUGUCGAUCUGGAUGGUGAGGCCAGCACAGUGCCCAUUAUCUUCGAGGAUCAGUAUGCAGACAUGACCCAGAGGCAUCGCAACAGUGUACCAAAUGCGGAGGACUGCAGCUGCGGAAUAUCCCAAAUUUUAGAAUCACGAACGACAAGUGUCUGGUCCCCGAGGAGCGAAGGGGCAGCCCAGGACAUUGGGGCGAUCCAGGCACGUUUUGGUUUAGCUCCAUCGACUCUUCCCGCACGGCACAGCAAGUCCCUGGAUCAGUUGGGACCGGAGAUACCGCCAAUGCAGCAGAGGACAUCCCCAAAAACCCUCCCGCGAUCCAUCUCCACCCAGUUAUUUCCAAAGCACGGGGGGAGAAAUACAACGCUACCGACGUCGGUGCCGUGCAAGGGACGAUCUCAGAUGGCCCUUCAUACCGCACAAAGUACAACCCUUUAUCCCACCUUCGGGCAACAUCAGGCCUGCUCAGCACCCAAUCCUUCACUAGACUCAACGCCAAUAACCACCCUACCACGUGCUAAAUCAAGUCAAAUUCUCGUCCCCGACUCUUGUCACGAUCAUCACGACUCAGAUUCAGACGUAGAAGCGCCAUCAAAUUCAAUAACAUCGAUUCUAGCCGCUAUGUUUCCCGAGCUGCCGCCCAAUAGCUAUCUCCCCGGCUACAGACCGUCGAAGAAGUUGAGCGGGGUGGCGGCAUACGUAGGGCCCAUCGAUUUCACUCAACUCGCUGGUUGCUUGAACGAUAAAACCGACAACAAGCAGAACGUUGAUCCUAACCAGAGAUUGCGAGUGGAGCCUCGCAGCCACCGAUUGGCCACACUACUUCCAAAAAAUAUUUCCAACGGGAAUGGCCAAGUCCAAUCGCUACGAACGGCGACGUUAGAUCGCGCGACUUAUCGGGGAAAUUCGCGAAAACACGUCCAAUCAGCCUGCACCACAGCCGGAACUAAAUGUCAGAUCAGCGAUUUAGAAGGUAGACGUUAUCACACGCUGGGAAAAACAUCGGAAAAUCACGUGGAGCGUGCGAGAGUGAAAGCUCUAUUUGAAAUGCCAAAUGGAAAUAGCGAAAACGUGACGAGUCAUUCGCUCAUCGUAGAUCCCCUGAAUAAGCGAAUCACCAAGGGAGCCACUGACUUUGCAAUCGAUUCCUAUUUCUAUCGAACAAACGGCACAAACGCCAAAGGUCAGGAGAAUCGACCAAAACGCCCGAAAAGUACGGAGCGGCUGUUCGACGUCGACCACGGAAUUGACUGCUGUCAGGACUCGCGAGAUGUUUACGAGAGAAAAGAUCACGCGAGGUCGCGAAACGCUUCGCGACUGGAGAAGAGAAUGACAAGUGCACCGAGGGAGUCCCUCUACGAGGCAAUUCCACCAAAAGCCGGUGAGGGUAAAAUCGAGGAGGGAAAAAGAGGAAGACGACCGCACUCAGCGCCGGCAAUAGACAGUGAACUAUCGAAAGUCGAGGGUCAAAGUGUCAAACGAUGUUCCCAUCGCUCGAAAAAACUUUCUCCGUACGAUAAUCCAACGUUGGGAGCCCUUUCAAAUCACCGAUUAUCCCAAAAUCCACCGAUUCCCAUGAGUGUUCUUGAAGUAGAAAAUAAUAAUAAAAUAAUAUUGAAAAUUGAAUCACCGGAGAGAAUUGACAUUUCCCCGGGUCAGGGUCCCUCCGAUGAGUCUAAUUCUGGUGUAGCUCUGCCCAAUGCGAAGAGAUUGCGGUGUGCAAGUGUGCCAGUUGCUCAAAAUAAAAUGGUAGUGCCGAGAAGUGCUGUAUCUCUACCGUGUAUGCCAAUCAGAGAUAGCAAAGAUGCACUAGGCUGUGAGCUAAUCACCAUAGCACCAAUAAGUCCAACAUCGUCGAGACCAAGCAGUCCGGCGACUAGUACAGACUCCGGGAAUUUAACGUCGGAGUGUUCAGGGUGGGUCAGCAGUGGUGAUACCUCGAGUUCUGAGCAGAGACGCAGUGGGAUGGUGACAGGUAAUCAGGGUAAAUCACGACACGGAAAAAUAUCGUCCCGAAAGGAUCGAAAGGCGCGGAAAUGCAAGAAUUCAAAAUUAGAGAGUCACUGCUAUGAGGAAGUUCGUCUACCUCCACCGAAGAUGUUUCAGGACGAGCCACCACCACCUGAGGCCUUCAGGGAUCCAGCACCCAUUCCCAUGAUUGACAAUCCACUGUACCACGUGUACGAAACUGUGAAGAAAGCCAAGAGUCCAAAGCAGAAUAAAACUGCCCCGUGCAGUCCCCAGAGGAAUCGCGACAGGGUUGACAGAGGUGAACGAGAGAUACUUUACGGGGCACGUGAUUUUUGCUUAGACUGUUAUCAAGAGGGAAAGGAACUGUUGCAGUCAACCCAGGACGAUGUCAUUAAUUUUAAUAAAUUUAAGGACGAUUUCAAGGGACGCAUUAAUUUUUCGGGCAAAAUAUACAGGUUUUUUUAUGUUGUGCACAGCGAUUAUCCGGGUCUUGCAUCGAGUCUACCGUAUUUUUACAUUAGCGAUGAGUACAGGCUGUUCUCACCUGAAGGCUCUCAUCUCAUCGUCUGCGUUCAUGGUCUCGAUGGUAAUGCUGCAGAUCUUCGAGUUGUUAAGACGUACCUUGAACUCGGAUUGUCCGGAGCCCAUCUUGAUUUCCUUAUGUCAGAGAGAAACCAGGGCGACACCUUCUCCAAUUUUGACACUAUGACCGAUCGAUUAGUUGAGGAGAUUUUACAUCACAUAGAAACCUCAGGACUGAAUCCAACCAAAGUCAGUUUUAUUGGCCAUUCCCUUGGGACCAUUAUAAUUCGUAGUGCUCUGACAAGGCCACAACUGCGGCCUCUUUUGCCAAGACUUCAUACAUUCCUAAGUCUAAGUGGACCACAUCUUGGUACGCUAUACAACACCAGCGGCCUCGUCAAUGCCGGCAUGUGGUUUAUGCAAAAAUUGAAAAAAUCCGGCUCACUCCUGCAACUGUCGAUGAAGGACUCCUCGGACGUUCGACAGUCAUUUAUGUUUCGCUUGAGUCAAAGGAGUAAUCUCCAGCGAUUCAAACAUGUACUUCUCUGUGGCAGUGCUCAAGAUCGUUACGUACCCCUUCACUCGGCGCGUAUUGAACUCUGUAAAGCUGCGGUUCGCGAUCCAACUGAUCAAGGUGCAGCCUACAGAGAGAUGGUGCACAAUAUUCUCUACCCAGUAAUGUCGACGCCAGGUGUAACUCUAGUGCGUUACGAUGUUCAUCAUGCGUUACCCCCCACAGCAAAUUCUCUCAUCGGUCGUGCAGCACACAUAGCUGUGUUAGAUUCUGACUUGUUCAUUGAAAAAUUCCUGCUCGUCUCGGGGCUCAAGUACUUCAGAUAAAAAAUAAAAAUAUUGAAGAUCGCCCCCACCAGACUGUGACUUGCGUUCAUCAUUUGACUCGAUAGCGACACUAAUGUAUGUGAGUGAUUAAUAUACGUGUGAAUUUUUACUUGAUUUUUAUUCCAUUCAAGCUCAAUUUAACGAACUGAGAAGAAAAGACUACAAAGUCACCAUUAGCUCUUAACAAUAGGUUUUUUUUCUUACUUUUUACUAUCGUUUGAAUGCCAAAGUAUCGUCUCACUAUUUGAAUCGUCGUUACAAGGGCCUAAUCGAAUGCAUUCUACCAAUGCCCGAAGGCCCAUUUGGACGAUAGUACAUCGAGCCUUCCCUCAUCCCCGAUUGUCGACCGGGCACUGGGUACUGGUCACAUUAUUUCCAUAAGCUAUCGACAAACCGAGGACGUUCUACUAUGGAGAUGAAUAUUCAGUAAAAAUUACGGAUGAAAUAACCUGUCCCCAAACGAUUGGGUAAAUUUUACGGAAUAAAUUGGAGAAAUUAAAUGGCGAUUCGUACUAUUUCAUUUCAAAACGUAAUUUUCACAUUUUUUACUGGUGAUUGUUAUUGAAUUUUUCUCUCCGUGUAUCGAGACCAUUCAUAGUAUAGUUGUUUACCAAAUUAUUACUACGAAAUUUGAAUACUUGCAUUUAUUAUCAGUACCACGUAUAUUUCUCUAUAACUGACUGAGUCAUUGGAACAAAAAAAAAAUUACCAAUUAAUCGAAAUGUUCCUUAUGUUUAAUGUUAUCGUUAGUAACAAUAUAACAAUGACCUUCCAAAGUGGAGCUACUGACGUCCAGUGCAUACAGGUAACAAUGGUGGACUGAAUUGCAAUAAGUCAAUUUUUCUACUAGGAAUGUCAUCAUGUUUUUUAAUUAUUUGAUCUCAUCACUCGAUUACUAUCAGAAAUGAAAAUUGAAGCGAUACAUCAAAGCCAUUUAAGGAUCGGAUAAACACAUUUGUAGACGUAAACAGUGAAGAUGAAAUUUAAACUUAAAGAGGAUAUAUACAAAUUAGAGUUAAAUUGUUUUUUAUUGAAAAAAAAAAAAUUAAAAUACGUCGGAGAAUUUCAGUCGAUGAUUUACACAAAUAUCGAGCCAAUUCUUCUUAGGCAUCCAAUCAAUGUCGACAUUAAUCACGAGUAAGAAUGUCACAGCGCCGUGUCAUAUAAUUAGGAAAGUCACGAAACAUAUGUCAAUUUUAUCCCUCAGAUAAUAGUGCGUGUCGAUGAUUGUAUGAAGCCGAGAAAAAUUUUGAAAAUUCGAUGGGGAAGAUUUAGAACGAAAAGUGCUGUCUGAAUAAACCACAAACGAAUAGCUAUAAUAUCCAUUACUACGUGGGAUAGGAUGUUAUUAUCUCUCAAUUAAAUAUUGCUAUCAAGAAUUUAACGGUGAGUCCCUCCAAAUAGAUCUCAAUUGCUCAGAACAAUCUAGUGUAUAAAUAGUGAUAUCAUUGAGGGAUAAAUAGAUUUAAUUAUAUGACUUGAUGUAAAGAUAAAUAAUCCGGAGGCUCAAAUGUUUCCAAUUCAGUGGCCACGAUUUAAUCAUCCGAGGAUAUUCAUGUCUUUGUGAUUCUUUUUCUUUAAUUAAAUAAACCGUCACAUUUGUGAGUAGUAUACUAAGCAAACUCUAUAGCGACUAAUUGUUUGGAAUGGGUUUACCAUCUCAACGAUCAAAGAAUACAUUUCCCAAAUUGUCAUACAUUUCGGACGCUCAAGUCUUCAAUGUCAACCGAAUUAACAAAAUGCACAUUCAAUCGAAGUUCAUUGCAGCAUGUGAGAUGAAGAAGGAGACAAUUGUUCGGAAAAAUAGAAAGGUGGAAAGUCUGAGAUGGACAGAAGCGAAGAAUUUGGCUAAACGAGUGUAUUUGAAAAAUAUCUCACUGAUUUACUGAUAUUUAAUUCAGCUCAUAAAAUAUUCAAUUAACGAAAUUGCAAUUUUAUAUCAACAAAAAAUAUUUGGACAAUUAAACGAAUUCUGGUGAACUGCCUGUGAUCUCAGCAUUUCCACCCUUUCCUUUUUUUCCGGCCUGAGAAUCCCCCGAAAAUGAGUAACUGUAAGGAAAAUAUCCAAACGCAAGAUUGGAAACUCUCAGUGGGACAUUCUGAAUUUCUUGACGGAUAUUCAGCGCAUAAUACGUAUUAUGUAUGCCAUGUGGGAUGUAUACUGUAGGCAAUUAAAAUUAUCACUCAUAGCAGGAAGAUGAAUUUUGCGAUGGGACUAUGUAACUGACAAAGUAAUCAAUGGUAACACCAAAAAGAAUCUUAACAACUACAAGAAAAAUAAAAACUUCGUUAUGAAACUAUUGCAGAGAAGUAUGGAAAUUGUGAAGUAAAUAGUGUACACAGUAUACAUAAUUACUAUUAUACAUAUUGCGGUGUAUAUAAUAAUAUGUGAGAUAUAGUUUAAUAAAAAUAAUAACUAUUAUUAUUAGGCG